AUUUUUCGGAGUGUAAUGAAAAGACGUGUGACUUGUUUGGGUGUCGAAGUCGGAAAAGAACUUUAUUUCAACAACUACUUUGACAGCAGUACGUUUAUCCCGGCGAGUGCUGAAUACACGAAUAAUUGAAGUUAUCUAAAGUGUCUUUACAAUAUACUCAUUUGAUAGAUGUUCGAAAACAUUCUAAAAUUCAACUAAUCUAAAUUCUAAUUCAAGACACAAUAGUUUGGAAAAUGCCAAACCGUCAAAUCUAUCAUGGGAUUCACGGGAAACAUCAAGCAGCGGUAAGACAUGAUAAUGACGAAAUGAACUCGAGAUAGUCAAACAAACAAACAAGAUUUGAUCAUCACACAAAAAGUAACAAAAAUACUUUUUUACGAUCAAUUCUGUCAGCAUUGCGUCGAAAUACAGGCAAUCCAACAAUCAUCACAAACACGAGCGGCUUUUCGGUGGGAAAUUGUCCGCUUUAGAAGAAAUAACUUCAAAAGGAUGGCGAGCGCAAGCCCGAGUUUUGUAUUUUGAUAACUUCAUUCGCGCACGUCGUCGUUGAACGAACCGAAUGUAUACAUCAAAUCAAACUCAUCGCGUAUUAAAGCUUUGUGUGAAAACAAUGGUCGAAACGCAACGUAACAAGAAUGGCCCUCACAGCGGGUUCGUCGAGUGAAAAACCAUCGCCCCAACCGCCAACAAUGGAACCGACCCCAUCGGGAUCCUAUUUCAAAUCAAAGCAUGGAAAGGCGAAGGUCGCUGAAAUCACCUUCGGACUGAUAGCAUCAAUUCUCCUCAUUUCAUUCCGCUGGUUGACAAUCACUGAGUACGGUUUCCUGUUCGUAGCUUUCAAUGCUACCCUGCUGACCACGAUCGUCCUGUGGGACAACGUACACGGAGAAAAACUGCGCAAUCUGUUGGCAGUCUCAACCCGGGUGGACCAACGCUACAACGCAAUCGUUGCCCUUCUCUUCUACAUCUUCUCCUUCUACGUGCUGGCAGUCAGCGGUAAAAUGUAUGAUACUGGUUUCAAAAUAGCGACCGGAGUGACCGGAAUGCUCGCCAGCUUUGCGUAUGCGUACAACUGGGGGCUGUUACGCCGGGAGAGGCUGCUGGAGGGAACGAUUGCUGCCAAUGUGGAUGAAUUUGAUCAGGAGGAGCAGAAGCAGCGGGACCGAUUGGUGUGACCUCCAUUCGGAAUUGUGAUUUGUAUUCAGCUGUACACAGGCGAACAAAAAAAAAACAAGAAGUCAUGAAGUGAAAAUGCCAAUGCUUGAAUUUUGUUUGUAAUUUAAGAUGGGAUUCUCCGCCUUUGGCUGCAUUGAAUGCGUUGGCUUGUGUAUGUAAGAAAAGUUUGCAAGUGCUGUGUUAACAGUGUGCGGAAAUUUCGGAAAUAGGACUCUCUGGAAAUCUGCUGGUCAUAUUUAACCAGUGUACAGAAUACUGAGUGUUUAGAUCUAGCAUUUCAUCUAAACAUAGUUGUUUAUACAAUAUUUUUAUUUUUUUGUAAUAAAUUAAUUCAAUCGAUAUGUUCACGCCGAAAAUCAUAUUUUUACAGUGCGUACGGUGCGAAAAUGUCUAUGCCAGCGAAAAUAGCCGUGAUCACAACAUGAUCCAUCCACGUUGCUAUAUGAUAUAAUUGUACACAUUAAUUCAAUGAUAAAUAUCCCAUAUUCGUUCAAUCAACCACGAAUUUGCAUAUGUACAGAAUGCAUACGAGUGUGCAUUCUGAUCAACGGUGAAACGUGACAACGUGAAAGUGUUCUUUGUCAAGCUCGAACCUCCUGCACUUCCGUCAUCUCGCAAAGUAACGUAAGCGCUACAUUCGACAUUUUAAUCAAUAAAAAAUACCAAAUACUUCCAAAAGGCUGCGAUAUUUCACAUAAAUGUGAAAAAGUCACAGGAAAGUUGUGUCCGAGACACGACCGCUUAGUUGACGUAGGAUUCCGUUAGGUUAUCUGUUGAUUUUGGAUAUGUUUGAAGAAUUACAUCGUUAAACUCUUUGAUAAUGAUUUGGUUUUAAUGUCUCUGUC